UUUAAUUUCGAAACCACUGGUUCUACGGGACGUCUGAAAACUAUUUCCUUCUAAUUCGUUCUCUUCUAUCUAGUGUGCAGAAAUGGCAGCUAGAUAUGACCGAGCUAUAACAGUCUUUUCUCCCGAUGGUCACCUGUUCCAGGUGGAAUAUGCUCAGGAAGCCGUGAAGAAGGGCUCCACAGCAGUUGGAAUCAGGGGGAAGAACAUUGUUGUCCUGGGUGUUGAGAAGAAGUCAGUGGCAAAGCUUCAGGAGGAGAGGACAGUGAGGAAGAUCUGUGCUCUAGAUGAGCAUGUGUGCAUGGCCUUUGCAGGUCUUACUGCAGAUGCCAGAAUCGUCAUCAACAGAGCAAGAGUAGAGUGCCAGAGUCACAGACUCACAGUGGAAGACCCAGUAACUGUCGAGUACAUCACCCGCUACAUCGCCACACUCAAACAGCGUUACACUCAAAGCAAUGGACGUCGUCCCUUUGGUAUCUCUGCCCUGAUUGUUGGCUUCGACUAUGAUGGGACGCCACGUCUAUAUCAGACAGACCCCUCUGGAACAUACCAUGCAUGGAAGGCAAAUGCGAUUGGGCGCAGUGCAAAGACAGUCAGGGAGUUUUUGGAGAAAAACUACACGGAUGAAGCCAUCGCUAGUGAUAACGAUGCCAUCAAAUUGGCCAUUAAAGCCUUACUAGAGGUUGUGCAAUCAGGGGGCAAGAACAUCGAGCUGGCUGUGAUCCGGAGAAACCAGCCCCUAAAGAUUCUAGAGUCCAAAGAGAUCGAGACGCUGGUCGCCGAAAUCGAAAAGGAGAAAGAGGAGGAGGCUGAGAAGAAAAAGCAAAAGAAGUCUUCAUAAAUCACUGUCAAACAAUCCGUAGCUCCUCUCAGUUUUGUUUAUAUGGGCAGAAGCACUUGGCUCAGGCUCACACUGUAUCCUUCCCGCCUGUCGUCCGUUAAGAGCACAGUCUCUCAGUCUUCUGGUGAACCCAUUGUUUGUGUAACACCCUGAAAAGGUUUGAUAAAUGUUGACAUUUUUUAAAUGUUUCAUUCUUGAAAAAAAAAAAAAACUUUUUAAGGGAUAGUUCAUGUAAAAAUAAAAAUGUCAUCGUCAUUUUGUCACCCCCAUGUUCUUCCAAACUCAUAUGACUUUCCUUCUUCCACGGAACACAAAAGGAGGGAUGUUUGGCAGCAUGUUCGCCUCAGUCACCGUUGACUUUCAUUGCAUCUUUUUCCCAUAUAAUGGAGGUGCAAAGGAUAUGUUAGCCAGAACGUUAGCCCCAAUUACUGUUCACUUUCAUUGCAUCUUUGUUUUUCCAUACGACGAAAGUGAAUGGUGACUGAGGCUAACAUUCUGUUUAACAUCUCCUUUUGUGUUCCACAGAAGAAAGUCAUACAGGUUUAGAGCAACACAAAGGUGAGUAAAUUUUUGGAUGAACUAUCCUAAAAACUAUCCCAUUUUCAGGGUUAGGUUGAAUUGUAUCUCAUAACUGUACUGUAUUCGUCAAGCAUGCAUAGCGGGCAGCAUGCAAUCUUUUUCACACUUCUGCGAAGCUGCUCUACUACAACCGAGAAUUCUGGGGGAGUGUGCUCUGAAUGACGUAUCCUAAUAAACUAUUAUGGUUUGUA